UUCUGAUCAGAAAGGUUUAUUGCGGUUCGGAACUCUGUUUUAUGUUUUAAAAUCUUUACUUUGGUUCUCGAAAGUGUCCAGAACAUAUAAAGGCUGAGAUAAAUUAGCUUAACGUUAGCUCCGUGUAGCACCAGCGUUAGCGGCACAUUACGGUAAGGACUUAGUCAUCGUGGAGUAGAGCAGCUAUUGGAGGAAAGGCAUAUUAAACUUGGCUUUGCUAGUGGAAAAAGCAGCACGUCUUAUAUCGCUUCACUUCAGCUUUUUUUUUUUUUAAAUGACCAUAAUUAAUUAAUUAAUUCGGCAUCAUUUAUUUAAAUAAAUACCAACGUUUUUUCUAUAAAUGAGCUUAAACCUAGUACCUCAGCCUGCAGUCACGCACAUUUCUCAUUGUCUUUAACGAUUGCUAGGGGUUGAACAGAGGCUUGCUCAGCCUGUUAGAAGCACGUGUCAGAUGUCCAGUCUAAUACAUCAGCGUUAGUAUCAGACUGAUGUGCUGCAUCUGGUGUAACCUAAAUCUUCACUACUCGUAUGGUCACAGGACUAUUAUAUAUGAUUGUAUGCGAAGGCUGGCACCAAAUUAAACGAUUUAGAUAUUGAACAUAGGGCCGGUCAAAAGCAUCAGUGGGGCAGACAGUAUCAAGAGGCAUUGCACCACCAGUUAGCCUGUGAAAUUGCUCUUUUAGGUGAAAGGUUGCUUAUUAGGUAGUGGUUAUCACUGGACACAGGAGCAAAAUGAAUGAAGACCCAGUCCAAACAAACUGCAGUAAAACACUGCUUGUCCACCACUUACCAGCUGAGCUCAGCGAGGAAGAGAAGGAAGACCUCCUGAAGUAUUUCGGAGCUGAGUCAGUCAGAGUCUUCUCAAACAGGGGCCGCUUGAAACAUGCAGCCUUUGCAACGUUUAGGAGUGAAAAGUCAGCGGCAAGGGCUCUAAGCAGACUCCAUCAGUUAGAGGUUCUUGAUCAGACACUCAUUGUGGAGUUUGCAAAAGGCCAAGAUCACAUAACAGUGCUAAAGGACCCGCCUGUGUCAGAAAGCGGUGAAAAUGUCAAACAAGAGCAGAAGAAGCAGGAGAGUAAAAAGCCAAAUAUUCCCAUCAUAGAGACGGGCGUUGCACCGAGUCUCGGGUUGAAGUUUCAAUCAAAUCCCACUUUGAAAUAUUUAUAUCCACCACCCUCUAAUGGCAUUCUGACAAAUAUAACACACGCCCUCAUGAGCGUGCCAAAGUUUUAUGUUCAAGUACUUCAUCUGAUGAACAAGAUGAAUUUGCCAUGUCCUUUUGGCCCAAUCACAGCCAGACCACCCAUGUUUGAACUCCUGCCUCCUGCUCCACCCAUCCCCAUGCCUCCUCCCUUCCCUCCCGAUUAUCCCCCUUUACCAGAGGAGGAGAUGGAAAUGAGCAGCGAGGAAGAAUCCGAGUAUGAGAGUGGAGACGACGAAGACAAAGAGAGGAUUGUUCGUCUGAUGGGCCUGGUCAACCAAGCAUGCAAGCGACCCUUGAGACCAAAAACAGCUUCAAAACGAAAGAAGCCCAGGAUCAAGGAUCUACUCUAUGCUCCCAAGCCAGACUCUCAGAGUGCUGCGACUCUGCAGCCCUCGGAUGUGUUUGAGCAGCCCCACGCCGCCGGUCCGAGGAAAAUUGAGUUCCGCAUUUCAGCUCCGGAUGUAGCAGCUGCUGUUGAAGGAAGUAGGCCAGCUCAGCCUGAAGACGACGAAGGCAAAGCAUCGUCCAUUCAAGUGGAUCAGAGCGAGAUCAAGCCCAGCAGCAAUGAGGAGGAAGCAGAGGCUAAAGGUUUUGGGAAGCUUUACUUCAGCACGCAGGCAUCAAAGCAGCAGGAGGAGCGCAGCGACAACGAGCAGGAUCUCGUCUCAGAUGUCAUCUCGAGGAAGGAGCUGGAGAAAGGACGGCUGUCAAGAGAUGAGAUAAAAAGGAUGUCUGUGUUUAAAAAUUAUGAACCUGGCGAGCCGACCUGCAGACUAUACGUGAAGAACAUUGCAAAGCAAGUGGAAGAGAAGGAGCUGAAGUACAUCUACGGGAGAUACAUUAACCUCUCGUCAGAAGAGGAGAGAAACAUGUUUGACAUUGUGUUAAUGAAGGAGGGGCGGAUGAAAGGGCAGGCCUUCGUCGGACUCCCCAGUGUGCAGAGUGCAGAGAAAGCCCUGAAGGAAACCAACGGCUACGUACUUUAUGACAAACCUCUGGUUGUUCAAUUUGCUCGAUCUGCAAGACCGAAACAAGACAACACAGCUACCAAGAGAGGGCCAAAACAGAGGUGAAGUCAGCAGAUACCAAGGCUUGAUAUUGUGGCCCAGCAGAACCAUUUGUAUCCUUAUUGUGUCAUAUCCUUUGGGGAAAAAAUGAGGGUGGAGCGGUUUAACUGCAGAUAUUGUAGCACAAAUAUAUUAUUAUAGUAUAGCUUUUUUUGGUUUCUUUUCUUUUUCUAGCCUAUUGUAUCUUAUGUCUUUUUUUAGCACUGACUUUGUAACCAUAAGCUAUUUUUGAAUCUUAAACUUCUUCAUUGAUUUCUGCCCUUUUUGACUGAAUUUCAGGUGGAGGUCAUCAGAGCAUGUUUUCUUCCUUUCUGCCAUUAAAUACAAUAUUUUAUUAAAA